UCAAGAAUUUGUUUUGAAGAAAUCAAUGAAUAAAGUGUGCCAAGUUGGACCAGUAUUCGGAUCCUCUACAUGCAAUCAUCAACAGCUAGAGCUGGCAUCAAAAAGCGUAAACCAUAGAGAGGGUGGGUGGCCAAAGGAAAUUGAUGCUAGGGAUUCAGACCAGGUUGCCCGAUUCUUAAAGAAAAUAGAGAAGGACGAAAACUAUUUGGAUACAAUACUCUCAGUAGCAAGUUUGAUGGAGGAGAAAGUUCAGCAAAAUAAUGCUAUCGAACUUUACGGUGACUAUUUUACCGAGUUAGAUGAAUCCACCAGAACGGAUAAUUACAAAGUCAACACUCUUGCAGUUUUUAAGGAUACAUUGGAUUUUUCAAGUAGACCUGUCAGUGAUAUCAGCUGGUCACCAGAUGGAGGCUCAAGAAUAGCGGUAUCCUACUGUUCUCGGGACUACAGAAUCCCAAGUGAUAUUUGUGAGGUGUCUGAUGCCUUGCUUUUCAAUGUUGAUGACCCCACUAAAUUUGAGCUUGCACUAUCAGCAUCUGUUCCUGUUACAUCAAUAGCGUUUAGCCGUACUCCGUUCAUUAUUGCAGGAGGAUUGUACAACGGUCAAGUUUGUGUCUGGGAUGUACGUGUUGGAUCUCAUGUACAGAACAUUGUACCUGUACCGUUCUCACACACAGAGCCUGUGUACGGGUUAGUGUGGACCAAUGUAAAGUCAGGAAAAGAACUACAGACCUGUAGUCCAGAUGGAACGAUAAAAUGGUGGGAUAUCAGGAACCUUGACAAACCUACGGAAACCCUGAUCCUUGAUAUAGAAAACAAGGAUACUCGGAGCCCAGGAGAUAUUGACGCUGCACUGGAAGGUAGCGUACUGGAGUACGAACACACCAUACCAGCUAAAUACAUGGUCGCCACUUCACAGGGUGUUAUUCUAAACUGUUCGAAGAAAGCAAGAAGCCAGCCGGAAGUUUUUGGAAAAAGAUACAGUGCUCAUACUGGGGAUAUUGUUGCUCUUCAACGAUGUAAAAUAUUUCCUAAAAACUUUUUAACUGUCGGAGAUUAUACAGCUAAGAUUUGGAGUGAAGAUAUUGAUGAAAGCCCUCUGAUAAGUUUAAACUGUGGUAUUGAGAAACCAACAGGAAUAUAUUAA